CACAGCAAAUUCAAAAGUGUUAAAAUUCCAGUGUUAGUGUUGUUAGUUAAAAAUACAGUGUCAGUUCAACACUUGUUUAGUUUAAUUCAACUACCUGAGAGUUAGUCCCUCAAAAGAGUUGGUGAUAAUACACAGAGGUACAUUUAAACAACUCUGUAAAGUGUUGAUUUUAAAAUCAACACUUAAUAGAGUAACUCCCAGCAUUCCAACGUAUCUGUGACGUGUUUGCCUAAAGAGCGGCUGCAGCGGAACACAGCUGUCUUUUCCCUUGUACUAAUGAGGAUCUUUGUGCGCUUAAAUGAAUGUCGGCACGUUUAAUUAAUAACACUUCUAUGCAAUAGUAUUUUAUUUGUGACAACAAUAGGUGUCGCUGAAACCUGUCUGCAGCUAACAUCGCGGCAAGGUAAGUUAGCAUGAUUGUUGUAUGCUAUUUGUCGCUUUUGCACACAAGUGUCGAUAAAUAUACAAACAUAUGUGUAACCUACAUGAAUAGACAUUUGUUUAGCAUGCUACAUUUGCACAGCUGCACAUUUUGUAAGGGGUCAGAGUUUCCUAAAGUGAUGUAACACGUGCAUGGCGGGUUAACCAAAUAUUUCCCAGAAAAAAAUCUUAAGGCCACUUGUCAUUUCGACAAUCAAAUCCAUGUCAAGUUGGUGAGGAGUACAAUUAGCUUUGAUCUAGUCUUGUCGAAUGGUUGUUGGCAUUACAUGGACCGGGGGUAGGGGUUCGGUUGAGCUGCUGCUGCUUGCCCGAGACAGCUGCUGCAGACUUCCUGCUGUAUCCUUCCACCGGAGGAACACCUCCACACACUGGGCCACCACACCAGCCACGCCAAGCCUUGCUUCGUUUAAAACAUUUUAAGAUUAAAAAACGCUAACUUUUCAAGCUAACGUUACCGCAGCCACACAUGCUGGUGAGUACCACUUACGUAGCUGUGUAUCUUAACGUCGCUGCCACGUUUAUGUCUCAGGGCGACGUUAUUUUGCUAAGCUAACGGAGCAUAGUUGAUAGUGUACCACUGUUUACGGGUAAGUGUGGGUGUUUUUAGCAGAAUAACUAGCGAGCCGUCAUUCUAGCAAGCAGGCCAAGCUUCAGUAGCACGUCACUGUGCUGGUGGCUCCCAUCGUCCAGGUAGCAAGUAAUGCUAAAACUUAAAACGAAUACUCAGAGUCUAGUAAAGCUAGGCAAAAUGUUCCUGCCUCUACACAUCCAUGGUGAUCAUAGUGUAAAUGAUGGCACAGUGUGGAUGUCUUUUGUCCUUUUUUCUUCAUAGUGCAUCAUGUUGGUUAAGGUGCGAUUUGGUGAAACACAGAAGUAUGUCAAAGUGGCUGAGACUGAAGAUGGCUAUGAUGAUUUCAACACAUUUCUUCAAAAAGUUAUUCAAAAGCUAGAUCUUCCACUUGAGACUGAGCUGCACCUGACAGAUGAAUCAGGGACAGAAGUUGAUGCAGAUGUGUUUGAGGAGCUCUUGCAGGCAGGGAACCUCACUGUUGGGGUGGCAUUGGAAAAGUCAACAGUUGUACUUCAGCAUGAUCUUUCAUAUACUUCGCUGGAGUCACCCAUGUCAGACAACUCAUCUGGGUCAGUGUCAGGAGUGUCCUCGCUAGCAUCCUCUGAUUCAUCAGAUGCAACAGUGAUUGUUCAUACAAACGGAGGGAGGAGAACCCAUGCUGAACGGGAAUCAGCAAAAGAGGUGUGUUGCUUUUGUAACAAAUUCUAUUAGUUAUCAGAUAUCAGACACAAAGAUGUUGUGUAGUUAAACUGAUGGUGAUGGAUAAUUCUAACUAUUAUUCUUUAUCUUUUAGAUGGUGAGAAAUGCUCUGAAGGCUAAACCAGGUGGACAGUUUAUUUUGGAUGAAUAUGACAAAAUGAAAACAUUGACAGAUAGCACAAGGAGAAAGUUGGUAAACCUUCUUGUGGCCAGCAUGGUUGAAAUUCAUGGAUAAGUUUCAUAUUCAUAAUGUUCUUUACUUAAUAUAGAAAUUAUUUUUAAAACAAGCAUACUCAUUGUAAGGGAUUACAUAUCAGUAAAGCAAUGUUUUAAGGCUAAAACAUUAUACAAAAACUAAAUUUGAGGGACUGCUACUAACUGAAGCAAGAAAAAGCAAAAUUUGUAUCUUUUAAACACUGAAUUGUUGUAGCAAUGCCAUGUUUAUCUUUCAGGAGGAGCCCACCCAUCUCUGUUCGAAGUACAUGUGCUCUAGGCAUCAUCUCUCUAUUUCCCAGCCUCAGAGAUCUAUAGUCGGACAAGGGAUAUGAACACUUCUAUGACCCAGAGAGUGGAUCUGGCUACUUGGCCUGGAGGAUAAAGACUGUUCAGGGCAACACUGCAGCUCAGCCCCAGAGAUGCUCCACAAGCACAACCUAUCAAGAUAGUCCAAAGAGAAAGAGGGAUGUUCUCUGCACUGAUAAGCAGCUGCUUGGUGAGCACUGUCAUGAAGCAAUAUCCUUUUUGAAACAUUCAACUGAUGAAUCAGCCAUCAAAGAGCGAAUGAGGGCCACAUUUCAGUACCGCCAAACACUGGUUCAAGAUCAGCAGUGCUCUUCGACAGUCUUUGACAUCUUCCCACGAUUCCUCGACAUCACUGGCUUGAUUGAACAAGACUUCACCAUGAUGUUUGGAGAGGAAGUGUCGGGCAGAUUUUUGGCAAAAUGGCCUACCUUUUUCAAGCCUAGAAUCCUGGCAGACUGCAAAAAACUGACUUCUAAUGAGCACAUUGAAGAACUCAUGUCAUUGCAGCAUGACUCAGGCUGGGACAGUGAUCUGUCCAGCAUUCUUCUGUUGGUUCACCUGCUUCCUCCCACCCCCAAAGGCCACAAGAAGAGUGCUAAAAUCAGCCCAUGCCAGGCUGUUGACCAUGUUGUGAGAUAUUUGCAGAUGGGAGCCAGUGUUGAAACCUUCCUUGCUGGUGUGGAGCCGGGCCAGCCCUUCCUCCUUGGUGUUGGUGAAAAGAAGAGCAGCAUCCAAAGAUACUAUGUCAUCAUUGAUCACAAGGCCAUCCCUUGCAAGGCACAGACAUCCCUUGCAGCUUUCGAUGAGCUCUUCAAAGCACACUUCAUCUUUAGUGUCAGUUACCAUGAAUCCCUCUACAACUUCUAUAUGUUCAUCCAAACCACAGUUUUUAACAUUGACAUCGGAAAGGCCAAGGAAACUCCCAGAGUCAAGGAACUAAGAGCAAGAUUUUUUCAUGAUGCGUGAGGGGAUAAAUAUCCAUGGAUGCAAAUAUUUUUCUUUGUUAUGUCUGUAAGGCAUGCCACAAAAGUUCUGCACUGCUUUGUCAGCAUUUAAGACUUCACCAUGGUCUAUAUCCUGGAAAGACAUUACGCUUAAAAUGUGGACAGCCGGGAUGUUCUUCUUUGUUUUGCACUUAUUCAGGUUUCAAGAAGCAUCUUGUUCAUUUCCACAGAGAUGUUGCUGUGACUAAUACUGCUGACAAUGUGGACACUCAGAAUGAAGUUGAUGAGCCCUCAACUUCACAGACAGUCAACAAAGCCUCUCCAACAACUACCCAGCUCUCUGUUGACAAUGAUCAUGUGUUAAACAUGUGUGCUUUUGUUGUAGCACAGUUGCAAGCAUCUGGUGUUGCUGAGAGCACAGUCCAAGCAAUGGUGGGAUCCAUGGAGGACCUUGUAAAUUACAUUAAUAGACAAGCAAGAGAGGCAGUUCUCAGCUGUUCUUCAGAAAUUCAAGGUACGGAUUUGGAAAAGAAGGUGGAAAAGUGCUUUGAUCAACUAGGAAAUCCUUUCUCAUCCUUGAACACAAGAGUAAAACGUCAGAAGUUCUUUGAGGACAAAUGGGAAAUUGUUGAGCCUGUCGAAUAUGUUCUUGGGGUGCGAUUUGAUGUUCGCAGAGAUCAAACAACUGGCGUUUCCUGUCAGGUCCCUGUAACAGAUAAAUUUGUGUACACACCCAUCCUGGGAACUCUUAAGUCAAUGUUCAAGAACACUGAAUUAUGUGAAAGUUUCUUCCAAGCCAAACAUCACGAAGAAGGCAUUUAUAAAGACAUAUGUGAUGGUUCAUACUUCAAGAGUAACAUUUUGUUUUCUCAGAAAAAGCAUGCUCUACAGAUUCAACUUUAUUUUGACGAGUUUGAGACAGCAAAUCCCUUAGGUUCAAAGAAAGGUAUUCACAAACUCGGUUGUAUUUACUUUAUAUUGAGGAACCUGCCCCCAAAAUAUAAUUCUGUGUUGAUGAAUAUACAUGUUGUGGCACUCUUUCACUCACAAGAUCUGAAGACUUAUGGGUUCGAUGAGAUCCUAAAGCCUCUUGUUGACGAUCUUAAAAUACUUGAAACACAAGGAAUUGAGGUGCCUUUCUCAGACUCACCAUUGCUUGGUUCUGUUAUACAAGUAACGGGUGACAACCUAGGUUUACAUGGACUGUUCAGUUUUGUUGAGUCCUUCAGUGCUACAUAUUUCUGUAGAUUUUGUUUGACAAGUAAGGAUGAGUCACAGUCUGUCUUUACUGAAGAUGACCCUGGCAUAAUUUUUCGUACAAAGGAAAUCCAUGCAGAACACUGUGCAGCUCUACAUGAAAAUCCUAUGUUGAGUUCCACAUUUGGUGUCAAAAAGACAUGCUUGCUCAAUACAUUGCAUUUUUUCCACACCUCUGACAACUAUGCAGUUGACAUAAUGCACGAUUUACUUGAAGGUGUAGUACAGUACGAACUCAAACUUGUCUUUCAGUACCUUGUAAACCAGAAGUAUCUGUCUUUGGAAUCAUUGUCACAGAGGAUCCAAACUUUCAACUAUGGUUAUAUUGAGAGAAAAAAUAGACCAAGUGGGUUGAAAAUGGAUGAGGCUAGCAAGGAUCUUGGAUUAAAUGCAAUUCAGUCAUGGUGUCUUGUAAGAAAUACUCCUCUUAUUUUUGGUGAUGUAUUGGAAAGAAAUAACUGUUACUGGAAUCUGCUCCUCCUCUUGAUUCAGAUUGUGAAUAUAGUUUUUUCACCCAUUGUAACUAACGGUAUGACAAACUAUUUGAAGCACUUGAUUAAGGACCACCAUAAGCUAUUUAAAUGUUUGUUUUCACAAAAAAGAUUGUUUCCAAAGCAUCAUUUCAUGCUACAUUAUCCACGUUGUAUUCGAAAAAUAGGUCCACUCCUUCAUGUAUGGUGCAUGAGGUUUGAGGCCAAACACAACUUUUUUAAAAGAUCAGUGAAAAAUUUCAAAAAUAUCACAAAAUCAUUGGUGAAACAACACCAGAGUCAGUUACCUUACCACUGGGAGAAUUUUAAUUUUCAGAGAUUUGAGUUUGGUCCAGUGAAAAACGAAACCAUUGAUCACCUCGAGGGAGGUGAGGUUUUAAGUUCUGUUUUUGAUGUUAAUUUAUAUUGUGAAGUGUCAACCACGAAUUGGGUGAAGAACUAUGGAACAGAAUAUCAGAUUGGUAUGUUUAUUUGUACUGGAACAAAAAUGGAAAUACCUAUUUUCAGAAAGAUCACCAACAUCAUUGUGCAUGAUGGGCAAGCUUUCCUUUUGACUUGCAGAGUGGACACUCUUUAUUUUGAUGAUCAUUUCAAUGCAUACUGUGUUGAUGAGAGAGCAGAUUCAUUUUCUGUUUUCCCAGUUAAGGAACUGAUAUAUCACAGACCCUAUGACAAACAGUUUUCUAAUGAGAUGUGUGAAAAAAUAUACAUUGUGCCACAUUGUCAUAUUUUGUGACCUGUGUUGUAUUGCAAAGCAGUGCUGUUUUUAUGUGGUGUGCUUGUUUGAAAUACAAGCUGAUUCAAACUGCAA